AUAACAUAUUAUUGGAUUUUUGCCCGCUUUAGCAUUAGACUGAAUUGAUUUUUCUUUCCUGUCAUUAUAUUCGUUGUCAGUAAGUUUACAUGGUAUGACUGUAAGAUUAUAAUGUUAAUUUGGAUUUUAAAUUUGUGAAACUCAAAAUCCUUAUUCUUCUGUUUGGUAGGUUACAGGAACUCGAGUUUUUAGUCUAUGGAUGAAGCAGAAAAUAGACAAUCUUGAUGCCUUUCGUUAAAAAAUUUGCUUUUUGUGCAUCAUGAUAUGGUUCUCUUAGAUAAAAUUAGUUCAACAAGUAAAUCUGCCAGGAAUUGAUGGUAAUUUUACAUCUUAAAGGAUUAAUUUGAAGAUACUUGGAAAUUUUCCUUAAAUACUUUCUAAGAAUAGAAGAGAUAAAUAAACGGUCAGAUAGUGGGGAAGAUGUGAAAAAAUGAAUGUGAAUGCUUUUCAGCGUUCUGAUAUACUAUAUCUAAUGCUUGAAUUUUAAUAUACUGAGGAAAACUCUCAAGUGUAGUAGCAACUGUCCGAUCAACGCCUUUACUUUGCGUUUGCUGAUUAUUAUUUAAGAACAAGUACUGGAAACCUGGAAUACAUCAAUGCUUUUUUGUUAGCUUCCUGGGUAUAGAUGUCAUAUUUGUUCCUUCUGUAGACUUGCUGCUUCUGAGUGUUUUUUUGCCCAUUGAGUUCAUUCUAUUCCUUUUUGAUAUUAUGAAAGGGUUCUCUGUGUGCUGCGAGACGUGCUGCGGCAUUUCUGCGAGGGGAUGAUAGAUAGAGAAGGUGGAUAUACAAGACUACUUCGAACUCGUAUACGAGUUGGUGAUGCAGCUCCAAUGGCCUAUAUUGAGUUUGUUGGCAGAGAAAAUGAGCUUAGGCAGUCAAAACCGCCAACCCCACAACCACCACCAAGAGCUCCCUUAGAUCCCUGGACUAGAUCCCGGCUCAGCAAGCAGUUUGCCUCCCCAAAAGAGGAAAAAGUCUCGAGUUUGAGAUAUGAUACAUUGUUAAAUGAAACUUUGUCAAGGUGUCAAUCUCAUGUUCUGCAGUCAUUGCGCAAUAUUAUUAGAAAAUUAAUAAGUUGCUCAAAAUAAGAAUAGAAUAUUUUGCCACAUUUUUCUCUCUGCAGCCAUUGACAAGGACCCAAGGUGAUUGGUGCUUCAGGAAUCAAGGGCAUGUUAUUAAUGUAUGUAAAUUUUAUUUAUCGUUAUUUAGAUGAAUAUUUAUUGGUUGGGUAAAAUUUCUAAAUAAAUUUCAAUGAUCUUGUAUA